AUGGGCGGCCACGGCGGGCUCAACAUCUUGGGCCAGAAGUCCUGGAACGUCUACGGCCAGGAGCAGCGCGCCAAGGUCCGCCGCGACGAGGAGGAGUUCGCCGCGUCGAACGAAGAUCCGGACGCGGGCGCCGUGCCGGUGGGCGCUUCGGGCCCGGCGCCGCGGCCCGCGGGUCACGUCGGCGAGCUGCCCACCGCGCACCACGUCACGCUCGCGGGACAUGAGGGCCCCGUCCUCGCCGCGCGGUUCAGCCGCGGCGGGUCCUACGCGCUCACGUGCGGCAAGGACAGGACGUUCAGGCUGUGGAAUCCCUUCCGCGGCACCCUCAUCAAGACCUACGAGGGGCACGCGCACGAGGUUCGCGACGUCGCGUGCGCCUUGGACAACUCGCGCCUCGCGACGUGCGGCGGCGACAAGCAGGUGUUCCUGUGGGACGUGUCCACCGGGCAGAAGAUCCGAAGGUUCCGGGGCCACGAGUCUGCGGUCAACGCGGUGACCUUCGCGGCGGAGGAUCAGGUGGUGAUCAGCGCCGGAUACGAUCGCUCCGUCAGGUUCUUCGACUGCAGGAGCAACAGCGCGGAUCCGAUACAGAGCGUCGUCGAGUGGAGCGACGCGGUGACGUGCGUGGUGACGCACGGCGGCGGGUGCCGCGUCACCGGCGGCGGCGUCGACGGGUCGGUGAAGACGCUCGACGUCCGAGCCGGUCGGAUCCACUCGGACGACUUGGGGCGUCCGGUGACGAGCCUCGCGGUGUCGGGGGACGGGCAGUGCCUGCUCGUGGGGAUGCUGGACGGGCGGAUGUGCCUUCUGGACGCGUCGGACGGGUCGGUCAUGGCGGAGUAUCGGGGCCACGUCAGCGCGACGGCCAAGGUGGACGCGAGGCUGACGCUCGGCGACGGACACGUCGUCGCGGGAUCCGAGGAUGGGCGGGUCGUGUUUUGGGAGCUGGUGGACGCUCAGGUGGACAUCGAGCUCGAGGCGCACCCCGGCAAGUGCGUGUGCGGGCUGGAUUACCACCCGAAGCGGCACGCGAUGGUGACGAGCGCGACGGACGGGACGGCGAAGGUUUGGCUGCCAGAGGGCGUCGCCGGGACUUCGUUCGAUUAA